CUCCCGGUGCAGCAGGCUCCGUCCCCGCGGCUGCCUCCAUCCCGCCUUCGGCUCAGCGGGCGGUGCGAGCAUCCUCCUGCCUCGGGUCCCCGUCCGCUCUCGGCGCUCCCUCCCUCGGAGUCCCUGUGCCGACCUCCUUUUCCUCGCUUCCCCUGCUCUCGCCGGGGAGCGCGGGCCUGUGGGAUGGGUGGGAUGGGGGCGACCCUCACGGUAGGGCCCGGUUCCCACACGCCGAGGCUCCCGCCCCACCCCCAGCUCGUCUCCUGCGCACAACAGUAAAGGCUGAAAAUCUGGGUCACAGCUGAGGAAGACUUCUCACGUGGAGUCAAGGAUGUGGCCUGCUCUGCUGCUGUCCCACCUCCUCCCUCUCUGGCCACUCCUGUUGCUGCCCCUCCCACUGCUGGCUCAGGGCUCCUCCUCCUCCCCUCGAACCCCACCAGCCCCAGCCCGCCCCCCCUGUGCCCGGGGAGGCCCCUCAGCCCCACGUCAUGUAUGCGUGUGGGAGCGGGCACCUCCACCAAGCAGAUCCCCUCGGGUCCCAAGAUCUCGUCGGCAAGUCCUGCCAGGCACUGCGCCCCCUGCCACCCCAUCAGGCUUUGAGGAGGGCCCACCCUCCUCGCAGUACCCCUGGGCUAUUGUGUGGGGCCCCACAGUGUCUCGAGAGGAUGGGGGGGACCCCAACUCUGCCAAUCCUGGAUUUCUGGACUAUGGCUUCGCAGCCCCCCAUGGGCUCGCUACCCCACACCCCAACUCAGACUCUAUGCGGGGUGAUGGAGAUGGCCUCAUCCUUGGAGAAGCACCUGCCACCCUGCGGCCGUUCCUGUUUGGGGGCCGUGGGGAAGGUGUGGACCCCCAGCUCUACGUUACAAUUACCAUCUCCAUCAUCAUUGUUCUCGUGGCCACUGGCAUCAUCUUCAAGUUCUGCUGGGACCGCAGCCAGAAGCGGCGCAGGCCCUCAGGGCAGCAAGGUGCCCUGAGGCAGGAAGAGAGCCAGCAGCCACUGACAGACCUGUCCCCGGCCGGAGUCACUGUGCUGGGGGCCUUCGGGGACUCGCCUACCCCCACCCCUGACCAUGAGGAGCCCCGAGGGGGACCCCGGCCUGGGAUGCCCCAGCCCAAGGGGGCUCCAGCCUUCCAGUUGAACCGGAUUCCCCUGGUGAAUCUGUGACGCCCCCCAGUGUUGGGGUGCUGCCAAGCAGGAGGCCAAGGGGCUGGCACAGCCCCCAUCCCGCUGAGGGUGGGGCAGCUGUGGGGAGCCGGGCAAGGGUGCUCCUGGCCCCUGCCCUUGCACACCACCCUGGAACACUCACUGGCCCCACGGGCAAUCCUACCUGCUUGCCCUCCUAUAGGUGGGGGCCUCACAUAUUUGUGACUUCAGUCCCCCAUCCCCACCCUUGCACACUCACACGAAAGCCUUGCACACUCACCUCCACCCUCACAGGCCAUUGCACACACUCAUACUCCUGGACGACCGGUCUGCACCCCUCCCCACUUCCACAUCUCUCUGCUCAGUGGCUCUCACCCUCUCCCUCUUGUUUCACAUUUCCACUCUCCCUUCCCCAUUCCAUGCUCAGCUCACUCACGCGGUGGUCAGUGUUCCUCGCACACUUCACCUCUCACGUGCAUUUCCCAGCCCAAUGUCGUGGUGUCUCGUGGCGUGCUCACUCUCUGCCUCAUGAACAUCCACUGGUCUAGUUUCUGUGGCCCCUGCAUGCUGCCCCUGACGUGGGUGGGAGGUGAGCUGGGGGCUCCUCAUGCCCUCAUCUGUCACGGUCCCAUUCCAUUCCAUGUCACAUGUUUUCCUCUCUCCCCCAUCCUACUCCAAGGGCGCUGGCAUCACCCUGAGGGUUCCCCCAUGGGAACAGGGAUAGUGAGUCCCCAAACUUUUCCCCCACCCCACUGCUACAUCCUGUUGUCUGAGAGAUGGGUUUUGGGGAGUCGCCUGCUGCACUAAAUGAGAAAGGGACUCCCAUUUGUCCUUCCCUUCCUCCUAAGUCGCCUUUGUUUUGUCUGUCCUACUGUCUGUGUGUGUCACUCUCUGGCAUUCAGAGCCCCUGAGCCAGUCCUCCACUUCCAAGCCUCCCUUAGGGCCUCCCUAAUUCCACCUAGGCUGCCAGGGACUGGAGCCAGCUGCUUCAAGGCCAUUGGGAGCUCUGCCUCCAGAUCUACCCCUCGCCUUCCUGGGCUCCCUCAUGUCCCUCCCUGCCUCCCUCCUUCCUCCUCUCCUCUCCCUCCUUUUGCCUCCUGCCCUUUCCUGCUCCUCAGGUUCUUCCCUACUUCUCACCAGUUUCUCCACCUUCCUUCUUCUCCUCUUACCUGGCUCCUAUGCUGUGAUAUAUAUUUUUGUAUUAUCUCUUUCUUCUUCUUGUGGUGAUAAUCUUGAAUUCUUGUGGGAUGUAAGUUUCAAAAUUUUCAAAUAAAGCCUUUGCAAGAUA